AUGGAGGCUUACUCAUGCCUGAAUACAUCCCCACAUUCCUUAUCGUUUCCAGAAUUAUGCGCCGAAGUCCUCGCGCUUUUCGUUGACCAAAAAGGAGAUCUGCUAGCCUUUCUUCAGCGGAAGCAGACGCAAACGCCACCCUCUGGUUUGAUUGUUCUAGCGGCGACGAGCGGGGACACCGGAAGCGCAGCGAUUGCAGCAUUGAAGAGCAGGUCGCCGUUGAUUCACGUAGUGGUUCUGUUCCCAAAAGGUCGCACCUCCGAAAUUCAGCGGCUGCAGAUGGUGACUGUACAGGACCCAAACAUUCACUGUCUUCAGGUCAACGGCACAUUCGACGACUGCCAACGAAUGGUCAAAAUCAUAUUAUCCGACAAAGAGUUGCAAGAGCUCCUUGCGGAUAGUAACAGGAAACGCGCCGUUCGGGAUAUGUCGGUUUGCAGGAACGCAAUUACCCCUGUCAACGGUCAACCUUCUCGUGACGGAAUUCGAGACAGCACACAGACUACUACAUCAGCAUCAGCAGUGGACGGGUUCCCUGAAUGCCGAAUAGCAUGGAAACUUUCAGUGGUGAAUAGUAUCAACUGCGUUCGAAUCCUUAUUCAGGCAGCAUACUGGUGGUAUUCCGCUCUAAAGAUGCAACACGAAUAUAACAGCAAAACCGGCACCGCUCCCGAAAUGUACGGUACAAAAACUGCGAGUAGACGUCGCUGCAACAUUGUCGUCCCGACUGGCAAUUUUGGAAACAUUUUCUCCGCCUUCCUUGCAAAACAGAUGGGUGCGCCAAUCGGCAAACUUUUGCUGGCGACAAACACGAACGACGUGCUCUGCCAAGCUCAGGACACUGGAGUUUAUGACAAGCGACGAGGAGUCCGGGCGACGUGCAGCCCGUCAAUGGAUAUUGCUGCCGCAAGCAACUUUGAGAGGCUCAUUUUCUGCAGCUGCGGGACCCAAGGGAACAUGCCUCAGAUAGAGCUGACAGACGAACAACGAACUCAAGAUCUAACACAGAAGCAAGGGCGUAGCCUAUGGGAGAAAUCGUCACUUCCAGCUGAGUCCCAGAACAAGGUGCCAGAACACUGCCUGAUGGGAGACGCUAACACACCAGAAGAUAAACGAUUUGAAAGCACAUCCGAGGAACGGUUCCGCAGUUCGGGACCCUGGUCUAGCACACUCAGAGCCGUGACGGAGAGAUUCGAUCAAGACGGUUAUGCUCGGCUAGGUGACAAGUUUCUAAGCUUUUAUAGGAACAAUUUUCUCACUGAGGCUGUUGAUGAUGCCGAGACGACAAAAGCCAUCGAAAAAAUGUAUCGUCUCUAUGGAGAAAUUGUGGACCCUCAUACGGCCGUAGGGUAUGCAGCGUACCUGAAGCAGGUAUCGAAGCUCCCUGGGGAGUCUCAAGGUUUCUCCAGUGGGUCAAAUAACGAAGGCGGACAGAAGGAUGCUACGCCCACAAGCAGUGACCCAUGGCUCCUGGCAGCGACUGCUCAUUUCGGCAAAUUUCCAGAGACAGUCCUGGCAGUUGUCGGUCGCGACAAAGUGAAUCUCAUUCCAUUGGAGCUGAAGAAGCUGAAGGAUAUGCCGCAACGUUUCGCCGAGAUCGGCCCAUCUGCGGACAGUUUGAAGAGCUUCAUCGUCGAGAAGUUCACUUCAUCCAACAAGCAAAUGCUUGGCAUAGAUUCUGCUACCAUGGAUGGCAGACGCAAUGAGAUCAAGUAG